AUGGCUUGCAUGUGGUGGCAAUUUGCCAGAGGCGGAGCAAAGAAACCCCCCCAGGACGUUCCUCCAGGUCACUUGGCUGUAAAAGUGGGAGAAGCUAGCAAGAGGUUUGUUAUAAGAGCGGAUUACCUGAACCACCCAGUAAUUCGACAGUUGCUAGACCAAGCUUAUGAAGAGAAUGUUCAUAACAAGAGUGGCCCUCUUGCCAUACCUUGCGAUGAGUUUCUUUUUGAAGAUAUAAUCCAGUCCCUUGGAGGCAGUAAUAAUGAGAGUCAAUUCACUUGCCAUGGGGCCGUGGAAAAGCUGGGAUUGAGCUCAUUGAGGGACUCUAGACCACUUCAAGGAAUUGCAAGAAAAUCAACAUGCUAG